UAAGAGCAGGAGCUGCGAUUGGUGGAAUGAGACAGCCUCGCUCUGCAGGUCUCUCAGCGUCAGCGUGGACAUUGAGUGAAGAUGGCGACCUGGUGUGUGCGUGCGCUCAGACAGAGCUCUUCUAUCAUAGCGUCCCCUUCACUUGUAAGGGCGACUCCACGCCUCCUUUGCACAGCAGCCCAACAGAAAAGCUCAGGGCCUAGGACCGAAGAAGAGAAUGGGACUCAGAACCCAGAGCCCAGUGCAGCUGAGAAAGCCUUCAUAGAAGAAAAGACACAACUGGAAGAACAGCUGAAAGAUGUUACGGAUAAAUACAAGCGGGCGCUAGCAGACACUGAGAACCUUAGGCAAAGGAGUCAAAAGAUGAUUAAUGAUGCUAAGCUUUAUGGAAUCCAGGGCUUCUGUAAAGAUCUCUUGGAGGUGGCUGACAUCUUGGAGAAGGCAACAGAAAGCGUACCAAAAACUGAAAUAUCUACUGCAAAUCCACACCUGAAAAAUCUUUAUGACGGCCUUGUUAUGACUGAGGUGCAGAUCCAAAAGGUCUUCCAAAAACACGGUCUUGAUAAGCUUAACCCUGAUGGUCAGAAAUUUGACCCUUAUGAGCAUGAGGCUGUCUUUCAUGCACCUGUGGAGGGCAAGGAGGCAGGUACCAUAGCUGUAGUUACUAAAGUAGGCUACAAGCUGCACGGUCGUACUCUACGGCCAGCUCUGGUGGGUGUAGUCAAAGCCCCCUAACUGGUCUUACAAACUAUGAUGGGUUAUUGCCUGGUCAACUGAUCGGUUUCUGUAAGUUAGCUGGUCUUAGGCUCCAGUUUUUUUGUUUUUGUUAAAUGUGCCUCUGAGAGGUGAAAUCCAAUAUAUUGACAACUGAGGGACAAAGCCAGACUAAUCUUUGUGAUUAAUAAUGAUUCAGUAAAAAAAUAGUUAUUGGGUAUAAUAUAAGAGUUGAGUGUGUAUGAGGUAGAAGAUUAACAGAAUCUUGGAUGCAUCAGUAUUCUCUG